CGUGGAAAACAAAAAAAAAAGAAUGGUGAAAGGAGGUACGAAGAGGAAGCCUGAGAUGAAGAAGAUCACUAACAAAGCUUCGCGUGCCACAACUUUCUCGAAACGUAGAGACGGUCUCUACAGCAAAGCGGCUCAGCUUUGCGUUCUCUCCGACGCUCGAAUCGCUAUCUUAGCGACACCGUCUUCUUCUUCGAACUCCAACGCUUCUUUCUUCUCGUUUGGUCACUCCUCCGUUGAGUCCGUCGUCUCCGCUUAUCUCGCCGGACAGAGACUCCCUCCCGUUUCGUCGCGUGACACCAAAGCGACGAGAGAAGACCUAGGUAUUUGCGUGGCUCGCAAGGAUCUAGGGUUAGGGUUUUGGUGGGACGACGACAAGCUUGUCAACUCGAAGAAUCCGGAGGAACUUAUGGAAGCGGUGGAGUCCAUGGAAGUACUCAUGAAGCUUGUGAAGGGGUUGGAGGAUCAAACCCUGACAACGCUCGAUCAAUCACCUGACUUGGAUGAAUGGAGCGAGAUGGAACUUACUCAGCUCCUCCAAGAUUGUGAUGAUGUCAGCGAGAAUGACAAAGUAGAAGAGGAUCAUCAAACUGUAUCUGACAAAACCUGCAACAACAACAACAACAACUUUGUAUCAUUACCUGAAGUAGAAGCAGGAAGUUUGGGAGAAGAGAAGAUGGAUAUUGAUUGGGAUACUUUUUUCGAAGGCUUGAUAUCCUAUGAUGAUGAGCUUAAUGAUGAGGAGCUCGAUCAGUUGUUUAACAACUAAGUAAAUCUUGUUUAGAGACAUGUAAUUUGAGGAGAAAGCAGUUUCGUCUCUGGAUCAGUUUCCUCAGAUUUGAUCCAACUCUAAACCAGUUUGGUCUGUGUCUCAAUGUCUUAAAUGAACUAAUGUAAUCAAAUGUAUGUUCAAGUGAAAUUUGAGUUUGUGUACUUCUUCUUGUGGUAAUUUGUUAGAACAGAUCCUUUCCAAACGUUUUCUAUUUUUUUCUGGUAAUUAUCAGUUAAAAGUUUGAACUAAUUCAAUAUAACUCAGCAGUGAGCUUCCUCCCUUUGUACUCUAAUCAAUAUUUAUACAACUGAAUAUUGCGAACAGAAGCUGCAUCUUCUAGGCUUCUAGCACAGCCAACACCACAUCAACAGAGUACAAAAUACUCUCUCUGUUACACUUGUCAAUAUACAAAGCAUAAAGAUCAAAGACAACGUAACGUGGGAAGCAACUCAUGAUUUCAUGAGUGGGUGGGUAUGUUUACAUAGUGCAGAGCAAGAAGAAAGGGAAAUACAAAAGAAGAAGAAUUCAGCAAUCUUCCAUUAGCAAAACAGAAAAUGUAUAUAUUUAUAUUGGAAAUUUUGUGACUUAAACUUCAAGACAUGACUUAAAUUAAAUAUAACUGUAUUUGGCCAUUAACAUCAUUCAAGGCGGUUGCUUUCUGAGUGGUUGCUCUUCUUUAGAGGUUCUAAACUUGAAUGGAUCACUUGUGCAGUGUUUCAGUUAUGACCCUUGCUUGUUUGGAUUGGUUGCUCUUCUUUAUAGGUUCCAAACUCUCGUUUGUGAAGUUCGGUGAACUUUUCUCGCACAACAAGUGAUUUUAAAAGAUAAAAACUGGAAUCAAAUGAUUUUGGUUCGUUAACUUCCCAUUGAGAUAUUCAAAUCUUUACACAAACCGAUCCUCACCUCUCAACAGAGUUAAGAAAAAAAGACUCUGUUACAUUUGUUAAUACAAAGCAUAACAAAGACACUCUGUCUCUUUAUAUUAACUAGAUCGUUUUUCCGCGCUACGCGCGGAUAAUUGCUCUAUAAAAUUUCAGUUGAAUAUGUUUUGUGAAUAUAAGAUAUUGUAGAACCAUUCUGAAUUUAUAAACUUAUUUUGAAUUAUAAUGGUAGCAUAUAAAAGCACCUUCAAUGAAGAUUCUAAGCUUGGAAUUCUCAAAAUACAUAUAUGUUUAUGUAUAUAUUAUAUUAAUAUUUAGUUGUAGAAUUAUUAACUUUACGGAAACUACAAAUCAAAUGAUCAGAAAAAAAAUAUUUUGAGUUACGUUUUUUGUAAAGUUAAGAACCUAUAAUUAAAUAUUAAUAUAUUUAUACACAUAUGUAUUUUGAGAAGUCCAAGUCUAGAACAAUAGAUACUCUAAGAUAGAUGAAAUAUUUUGUUUGUAUACAUGCGUGAAUAAAAAAUCAAAAUUAUUACAAACAUAUGUAUAAAAGAUUUCUUUUCCAAUAACACACUUAUAAAUAUUAUUCUAAGUUCACGUUAUCAAUUUGAAAUUAAUCUCUGAAUUUUGAUUUAAAGACUGAAACCAUUUUAAAUAUGUUUGGUUUUGCUGUAUUGACUUUAGUAAAAAAAAAAAAUCUAUAAUGUAAAAUUAAUUAUAAGCACAAUUCUCUUAAAUAUUUUUUAAGUUUUUUUUCAUAGUUCCGAAGAGGAAAUGAUCAAAAUAUAUUUAAUUAAGGAGGCAAAAUAUCUUUUUACCUUUCCCCUCCCUUGCUCUAUAGAUAUAUAAAUAUAAAUAAUUAUUUAAGUAAAUAAUAAAAAUUCAAAAUUAAAAAAAAAAUUAUAGUUCUUAAAUUAUAUGUUUUCUAAUUUGAUUUUUAUAAAUUUCAAAUUUUCUUUUUGAAAGGCGUUGAUUUUUAAAAAUUUUGAUUUCUAAUUUUUAAUAUUUAUUUAUUUAUUUUAAAAUUUAAUUUCAUCUCCAAAAUUCACCCCUCAAAUCUAGACUCUAAGUUUAUAUUAGUUAACGCAACAGUAUAAAUAUCUAUUUACUUUUUAAUAAAAUCUCUUUUAAUCGUGUUACUCAUUGAAAAUUCUUUUGGUGAAAAAAUUAAAAAGAUCAAUCCUAAAAAAAAUUAUAUUAUAAAAUUAUAUUUUAUUAGCAUAAUUUUUAUUUUAUUUUUGUUAUAUUUCUUUUAUUUUUAUCAUUUUGCUAAGAUUCUUUUGAUUAGAAUGUUAUGAUUUUUUUUUCAUGUUAUUCAUUAAUAUAAGUUAAUUUUAACACAUUACAUGUAUUGUUAAUUUAGAUGGUGUUAAUUAUUAGACGUUCCAUCGUUUUUGAAGACCUAAAAGUUGUGAAUUGUGGUGGAAUUUAUGUUUGGCAAAGCUUACCUUUUUAGCCACUAUUGUUUUAGUCUUUCAAAAUUGUGUUUUAAAAAUAUGCAAUCAUCAUUUUACUUGACCUGCUAAAAGUAUCCCUCGGUAUGAUAGUUGUGAAAGCAGUCUUAUUAUAGUAUUUUAUUGUUGAAAAGAGACCGUAUUUUAAAUAUCUAAAUUUAGUGCGAAAGGUCCUUGAGAAUGUUAUUUUUUUGUCUCAAUGUUACAAUGUGAAAACUCAUUAAAUUGUUCAAUGAUGUUUGCUAGACUAAUAUAUUUUGUAUUAGCUAUAUGCUACACAUGUCCAAGUCAUAAUAUGUUUAUAUCUAUUAUGCCUUUUUCAAUAUUUCUUUUUUUUUUAUGGCUAAACCCCUGAUUACUGUUUGGUAAAAUAUUCAUCAUCUGCUUUCUUUCUACUUUGAUCACCUAUCAUUUCCUUUUAAUUUGUAUGCUAGUUCUCUCUUACAUCAAAUGAGUUUCAUGGUCACAGAACUCCAAUUGGAUCACUUUAUUACUACAAUAAUGAUAUGACAUUUACUGUAAUGUUCAAUCUAGAUGUUGUUGCAAAGAAUUCAUUUUUAUCGACAGAAGAGUUUUCUUGCUAAAAUCCUCAUGAUUUUUUUUUGUUUUCUCUGGAAUUUUGUAGUUGUUUACAUAUAAUAUUAUAUUGAUUUAAUCUUGGAGGUAUUUGUAAUUAAAAAAAAGUUUCAAGCAAAUGGUAAAUUUUGAAGACUAAACUAUAAAAAAAUAGGUCUUCUCUGUAAGUUACAUAUUAAUUUAAUAUUAGUUAAACAUCUACCUCCAGGAUACUUCUCCUCGCAGGGAAAUAGUGAGGAAAAUUAAUAAUACAAUCCAUACUAAGUUGAAAAUUUCUGGUAUCUGAUUUCUCUCUGAGUUUAAAAAAAAAGACAUAAUUCCAGUUUACCUAAAAGAGAGAGAAGAGUAAAAAGAUAUGAGGAAAAGUAUAUAUUUUAUAUUUGUAUUCUAAAAAGAGUUGGGCGUAGUAAACAAUUAGGGAUAAUAGCUAAAAUUUUAUUAGAUCAGAGUGUACACAAUAUUUCUACUACUUUCAAAUUAUAUUUUGGUACUUGAAAAAAUAGUCUAUACUUUAUGGGGAUGUCCAACAAAGAAAAAGAAGACUGCAUACAUUUUAAGUUUUUAACUAAGAAAUCCUUUUAGCUUAUCAUUCUCGACUCCGAACGGCACACCCAAAACCACCCGAGAAAGUAAAUUGU